AUGCCUCAGGCUCCCAGACGGGUCGGCGGACGGAAUAGGAUAAAGCCGACGCAGCCAAUCAGGGGCGCAAGAGGAAUGGCUACGACCACAGCUGGCGGCGGGCGGCAUAACCUUGAUCGCGCUGUUUGUUUUGACCCAACUGCUGGUUGUCCUGAAGAGAUGAUGCUUCAACGAUCAUUGCCAGCCGAAGAUAACUACUUUCGAAGUGUCGCCUUCCCUUCCUAGUCCUUCCUGCCUGCCAUCCUUCCUCCUUCCCCCUCGCCGCAUUCCUUGAGUUUUUAUGGGCAGUCCCGUCCAUCAUCCCCUACUAGGCAUUCCGACCCCCUCUCCCCCCACCCUACAUUCCCAUGGCUCGUUCAUUGACCGACCGACAAGCCGAUGAACUUCAUAAGGCUAUGAUAGCGUACUUAAUCGCAAAUGACCUACCGGAUACCACCGCGGCCUUGCGAAAAGAGGUGAACUUCGGGGAAGAUGUGUUUAGUACGACGACCGCGAAGAAGUACGAGGGGAUGUUAGAGAGAAAAUGGACGAGCAUUGCACGGUUACAAAAAAAGAUCAUGGAGCUGGAGUCGAUAAACGGAGAACUACGAACCGAGUUAGAAAACACAACGCCUGCCUCCCGUUUACGCCGCAAGCAAGACCCGUCGUCGUGGCUGCCCAGCACCGCCCGGUAUUCGCUAGAGUCGCACCGAGAGAACAUAAAUUGCGUUGCCUUCCACCCCUCUUUCACCUCGAUUGCCUCCGGUUCGGAUGAUUGUACGAUCAAGAUAUGGGAUUGGGAGCUCGGCGAGCUGGAGCGCACGCUGAAGGGUCAUACGCGAGCCGUGCGGGAUAUUGACUACGGCGGUCGGCGGGAUAACGUCCUUCUCGCGUCCUGCAGUUCCGAUCUCUCGAUCAAGCUGUGGAAGCCGACAGACGACUAUAAGAAUAUUCGGACGUUACAAGGCCACGACCAUAUCGUGAGCGCGGUGCGGUUUAUGCCUUCGGGCGAUCUGCUGCUGAGUGCUAGUCGAGACGAAGACAUACGAGUCUGGGACGUGACGACCGGGUUCUGCGUGCGGACGAUAAACGGCCAUGCCGGCUGGGUGCGGGAUAUCAGUCUGUCGUAUGACGGGAAGUUUCUGCUGUCGACGCACGACAUGACGGCCCGCCUGUGGGACAUUUCGAGCCUCUCCAAUCCGGAACUCAAGCAGACGUUGCUCGGCCAUGAGAACUUCAACGAAUGCUGUGCGUUUGCCCCGGCCGCGGCAUUCCCGUUCCUGGCCCCGUUGGCGGGGCUCGGCAAGCGCCCUUCAACAAGCGGGGACUUCAUGGCGACUGGAUCGCGUGAUAAAACGAUUAAACUGUGGGAUGCUCGCGGGACCUGCUUCCUGACGUUAAGCGGCCAUGACGGCUGGGUGCAGGCGCUGGUGUUCCACCCCGGGGGGAAGUAUCUGCUAUCGGUGGCGGACGACAAGACGUUGCGAUGCUGGGAUUUGAGCCAGCAAGGGAAAUGCGUCAAGAAGAUCGAGGCCCACGACCGCUUUGUCACCUGUCUGAAAUGGGCGCCGGGCGUCGCGAAGAUCGUCCAGGGCACUGACGGUGGCGGUGCGGAGGGCGGCGAGGAAGGUCAUGUCGAUAUGCGCUGUGUUAUCGCAACGGGCGGCUGGGAUCAGAAGCUAAAGAUCUUUGCCGGUUGACUAGAAAGGAAGAUUUGUGUUUCCCGAUUUCUUUUUUAUGCCCUCUAUUAGCGACUAAAUGAGCCUUGGUUUGAGGCUAAACGAUGAAUUGCUCCUUUUCUGGAUUUCUGAUAUUACGUAGGUUCAUCAUCAUGGAUAGAGAUUGGAGGAUUCUGUAUAGAUUAACGUAAUUAAGCCGAGAGAAUUGAAUUCCCAGGAAUGAUCAAAGCAUCUCCUGAUGCAGCGAAUCG